CUGCCAGGAUGGCGUUUCUGUGGGCAGUUGCCUGCCUGGCCCUUGCCAGCACCGUUUCAGGUAAGUGCUGCCCAGAGCCAUGGGGAUGUACCUCGGGGGGGCAGCGGGACCGGGGCACCCUGGGGACAGUGACACCGAGCCACGGGUGCCUGAGCUUUCCGGGGUCACCCUUGUGCCCUUUUUCCUCUCCCGCAGGCUGCGGGGUGCCCGCCGUCAGCCCCUCGGUGCACUACAGCGAGAGGAUCAUCAACGGGCAGAACGCGGUGCCCGGCUCGUGGCCCUGGCAGGUGUCCCUGCAGACCCGUUCGGGAUCCCACUUUUGUGGCGGCUCCUUGAUCAACCAGAACUGGGUCGUCACAGCUGCCCACUGCAAUUUCAACCCGUACUCCCACGUCGUCGUCCUCGGGGAAUACGACCUCCGCUCCAACUCGGAGUCCAUUCAAGUGAAGACCGUGUCCAGGGCCAUCACGAACCCCAACUGGAACCCCAACACCUUCAACAACGACAUCACCCUGCUGAAACUCUCCUCGCCCGCCCAGCUGGGCCCCAGCGUGUCCCCCGUCUGCCUGCCCCCCCCCAACCUGGCUCUGCCCACCAACCUCCCCUGCGUCACCACCGGCUGGGGACGCACCAACCCCAACUCCCAAGCCUUGGCGACGCGCCUGCAGCAGGUAACCCUGCCCUUGAUCUCCACGAGCCAGUGCAUGCAGUACUGGGGCAACCGCAUCACCAACUCCAUGCUCUGUGCCGGCGGGGCCGGUGCCUCCUCCUGCCAGGGUGACUCUGGCGGACCUCUGGUGUACCAGACUGGGAGCACCUGGACCUUGAUCGGCAUCGUCUCCUUCGGAAACAGCAACUGCAACGUGCGCAUGCCGGCCGUCUACACCCGCGUCAGCCUGUUCCGAAACUGGAUCAACCAAAUUGUCGCUCAGGGAUAGAGCCGGGCCCGGAGGGAUCCCUUCGCCAGGCGCUGCUCCCGGCACGGUGAGCUCAGCUGAGCUGGAAGCAAGGCACCCCCCACCUCCUAAUAAAGCGUUAGCAUUUUUGUGCCAA